AUGGCAGAAGUGUUUGCGGAUGUGGAGUGUGACCUCGGGGAGAUUGGUGGUGAUGAUGGGGUAGAUGAAUCUACAAUGUCAGAUACAGGUGAUGAACAAAGGAACAAGCCGAACGACUUACACAAGCAUCCACCGAAACGGUCCCAUGCUCAAGUAGAGGCAAGAAAUAUGACACUGCAGAUAAUCAAAACUGUUGUGUGCAUCAGUAUUAUUCUGCAGAGCUCGAAUGAAAGAUGCAAUUACUUACAAGGUCUCCUUGGCAUAUUCUUCCACUCCACAAGCGUCCCGCAGAAGGUUAUCGAUGUCCUGGCACAUGCAGGCUUAUCAAUGAGCAUUACAUCAAUCCACAAUGCGAUACACUCAAUGUCCAAAGAAAUUGCAGCCAACAUCAAGCAAGGUAUUCAAUCACUCAAAGUGUCCUUUGCGUAUGACAACUUUGACAUCAAUUUCAAAACAUUGGAACCUACCAUUGGUCAUCGUUCGACGUUUGUCAGUGCAACAUCUGCUACCUCAUUGCCACUUGUAGGUGUUGACAACCCUGACAUGCUACGCUGCUCAGCAGCAUUAUGGGCCACCGAUUCUCAUAACCCUGCACCUUCGACAACGGCUGUUGAAAUCAAUGAAUUUGACAUGCUAAAACAUCACAUCAAUGACACUUACAGCAGGCCCAAACCAGGUGAACAUAUCAGUCCACGACUAACUGCCUUUGCCUGGCAUGUAUGA